GGCGUGGGCUCAACGCCUCAGAGCGUGUUAAGAAAUUCACCCGAAGGCAGUGGCUGAGAUGGGUUCGUUCAAGGAUGACAGAGAGGAAGUCCUACAGGCAUGGUAUAUGGAUGAUAGUGAUGAAGACCAAAGGCUCCCCCAUCACCGGGAUCCCAAGGAAUUUGUGUCCUUGGACCAACUUGCUAAACUUGGAGUGCUCAGCUGGCGAUUAGAUGCUGAUAACUAUGAAACAGAUGAGGAAUUGAAGAAGAUUCGUGAAGCCCGUGGAUACUCCUACAUGGAUUUUUGUGAGGUUUGCCCAGAAAAACUGCCAAAUUAUGAAGAGAAGAUCAAGAACUUUUUUGAAGAGCAUCUUCACACUGAUGAGGAGAUUCGCUACUGUGUGGCAGGAAGUGGUUAUUUUGAUGUGAGGGAUCAAAAUGACUCUUGGAUCCGUGUGUGGCUAAAGAAAGGAGGAAUGAUUGUAUUACCUGCUGGAAUUUAUCACCGGUUCACACUGGAUUCGAACAACUACAUCAAGGCAAUGAGGCUGUUUGUUGGUGAUCCUGUUUGGACUCCCUUUAAUCGUCCUCAUGAUAAUCUACCUGCAAGGCAAGAGUAUCUUGAAGCUUUUGGGCAGAAGGAAGCCGCUAAUCAUGUUGUUGAUGCUGCAGCAUGAAAUCCAUCUUUAGUUCUAGUACUUUGAAAAAGAAUGUGGUGUGGGUCUAAGAAAUAAAUACCUAUGGUUAUAGGUCUGGCAUAUUGUGCGGUUUGCUUUGGUUUACUUGCCUCUUUCAAUAUACUUGUGUACCUCGGCCACGAUUGGCAAAAACCUGAAUAUAAGGGAGCUCUACAUGAUAUUUGCU